GACAAAGGGAACUAAACUGCACGACCCUUGGACUCGACGAAAGGGCGACAGAAAAAACACCCAACCACCUGCCCACGACGACUGUUCUCUUUCACGACAGCGCCAUGGACAAGCUGGAACCUCGAGCAACGGCCUGAGGAAAGAAUGCGCGCCUCGGCAAAUUGGCCAAAAACAUUGACGCCGGCGCUAGUGGUCCUGGGACUCCACGCACUCGCCGCCCAUGGCUCCAGGUCCGGCUCUGAGACGGCCGUGACCGCCGCGCCGGCUGCUACAGAGGUCUGCGAGUCAAGAACCAUCAAUUACAUCACCCACACCCUCCCACAACAAUGUCUGCGCACCUCGUGGACGAGUCCCACCCCGACCGCCACCGCCGACGACUCGACAAUCCAGCCGACUGUCACGACUACCACUACGACAGUCACCGAGAGCCCGGGAUCCACCCAAGACAAUGCCACGGUGCAAGAGAAGGAUGCCCAAGAGGAGGAGCUGGCCGCAAGCUCCUUCAUGUCGUUUGAGGAGUGGAAGGAGAUGAUGUUGCGGAAGUCCGGGCAGGAUCCCGCCAACAUCAAGGCCCAGAAGCAGCGCGAGCACCGGGAACGGGACCCGAACAUGAACAGCGGUGAUACCGACAGCUUUGGUGAAGAAGGGGAGAUCGCACUUGAUUUUGACGCCCUCGCCGAGAAGGUGUCCGAGAUCACGUCGUCCACCGACAGAGGUACCCCAAAGGCCAACGAGGUGGUGCAGGAAGAGCAGAUCUUCUACGACGACGGCAAGACGCAGUAUUACCGGAGCAAGGAUGCUGGCAAGACUUGCAAGGAGAGGUUCUCGUACGCAUCUUUCGAUGCCGGCGCCACCGUCCUCAAGACGAGUGCCCGUGCGAAGAACGCCAAGGCUAUCCUGGUCGAGAACAAGGACUCGUACAUGCUUCUUGAAUGCCGCACAAAAAACAAGUUCGUCAUUGUCGAGUUGAGCGAUGACAUCCUUGUCGAUACCGUCGUCCUAGCCAAUUUCGAGUUCUUCUCCAGCAUGAUCCGCACCUUUAGGGUCAGCGUUAGCGACCGCUAUCCCGUGAAGCUGGACAAAUGGGUAGACCUGGGCACCUUCGAAGCUCGCAACGCGCGAGACAUCCAGGCCUUCUUGAUCGAGCAUCCUCAAAUUUACACCAAGUACAUCCGCAUCGAGUUUCUGAGCCACUGGGGCAAUGAGUUUUACUGUCCGGUAUCAUUGCUCCGCGUCCAUGGCACACGUAUGCUGGAUACGUGGAAGGAGCCGAGCCAUGAUGACGAACCGGAGCAAAUCCAGGGGUCAACACAGGAGCCGGCCACGGAGCCGGCCGCGGAGCCGCAGCAAGUGCAGGAACCAGCAAGCGGUGACAACCCAUCGGUGGUCGAAUCUGAGGAGACCGCCCAAACUCAGGAGAGAGCCCCUCGCGCCUCCAUAGAAAUGGGCCUUAGCCCCUGGCGCCCCCUUUUUCAGGGUAACUUCUCGCUUCAAAUUUGCGAACUGCGCUCGCCAACGACGGCCGAACCCACGCCUGUUGAGUCUGGCUCGGGUAUACCACCCAAACGACCUGUGGAAGCCCCCGAUUCAGUAACUCCGCGCCCAUCGGCGCCCUCAGCCGGCGACAGAUCUCGGGCCCGGCCCGGCAGUCCGUCCCCCCCCGAGCCUGCAUCUCCUGGAGCGCCCGCUUCCCAGGGGCAAUCAGGGGGUUCUGCUCCUUCUGGCGCCUCUUCAACGCCACCGCAGGGCAGCAAUGAUAAUGCAGCCAGCGGCUCAGAUCAAAAACAGUCCGAUGGCAGAGCGGAUGCCGCGGAUAACUCGUCCACCACCACAACCAUCCCCCGCAACAAAACCAGCUCCGUCUCCUCCGCAUCUGCCUCCCCUACCGUGCAAGAAUCUUUCUUCAAAACAAUGACCAAGCGCCUCCAACUCCUCGAAUCUAACACCUCCCUCUCCCUCCAAUACAUCGAAGAGCAGUCGCGCUUCUUGCAAGAAGUACUCCUCAAGAUGGAGCGCAAGCAGAUAACGCGAGUCGACUCCUUCCUCGACACCCUCAACAAGACGGUCCUCUCCGAGCUCCGCAACGUGCGCACUCAGUACGACCAGAUCUGGCAGAGCACCGUACUUGCCCUCGAAACCCAGCGCGAGCAAUCCCAGGGCGAGAUCGUCGCCCUCACCUCCCGCCUCAACAUUCUCGCCGACGAAGUCGUCUUCCAAAAGCGCAUGGCCAUCCUCCAAAGCGUCCUCCUCCUCGCCUGCCUCGUCCUCGUCAUCUUCAGCCGCGGCGGCCUCGCCGGCCUCGACAGUGCCUCCUUCCCCGCCUUCCCCCCCGCCUCGACCGGCACCGCCUACCGCCGCUACGGCUACGCCCGCUCCGACUCCCUCUCCGGCAUCUCCAUGCCCGGCUCAUCUCCCCCGCACCAACGCUCCAACGGCCAGCCACCAAACGGAGCGACCCCCACCCACAACCACAACAACAACAACAACCACCUCGCCACCUCCGCCCUCCCACGCCACCUCUACCCAACCUCAUCCUCGGCCUCUUUCAAAGACAAAACCCUUCCUCUAACCCCACCAUCCGAGUACAGCAGGGAGAGCACACCGGCGACAUCACGCCUCCGCCACCACCUCCACCACAGCCCCGAGGGGCCCUUCUACGAGAAGCAAGAGCAAGAUCAAGACCAAGACCAGGAUCAAGAUCAAGACCAGGACCAAGACCAGGACCGAGAAGAGGGGCAUGCGCAAGAGCAGGACUACGGGACGCCCUCUCGUCAACGCCAGCGCCGGCACCACACUGCUCCAGCAUCGACAAGGCCAGCGUCAGGGGGGCGACAACCACCAUCAGACGACGCGGACGCCGAGGUCUCCUCCAUCGAGAUAGACGCCGGCGCGGCAGAAGAAGUCAUGUCUCCGCCACAGGGUAGAGGGGAGCAAGAGGAGCAAGAGGAGCAGGAGGAGGAGAAGUCGCCGCUGCUGAGGGUCCGAUCAAACAUGUCGCAGACGGGCGGGCUUAGGAAGCAGUUGCCGGCGCUGCCCGAGGAUCCGAGCUAAUCAUGCCGGUGCCCACGUAUAUAUGUAGAGACCAUAAUUCGCGCGUUGCCAGCCUUUAUAAAGACUCAUUUUAAUCUCGGUUUUCACUCUUAUCGACUUCGUCGUGAUGCAUGGC